CGUCCCUCGUUUUUUCCCUCUCUCUGCGCAGGUGCCGCCAAAACAAGCUGCGGGCCAUUUCUCGACUCGACUUUUCAAACACCGUCGCGGGUUGUCGUGUCAACUCUCAGCAACGGCCAGGGCUGGAUGCCACCAACUUGCAUCAGCGCUGCAUCGCGACGACCGUUGACGAGCCCCUGAUUUUAUUUGCUCGUUUGCCGCACUCUCUCUUUUCUUGCGGUGAAUCGCUUUGUGCUCGCUGCGAGUGCUUGGCUUUGACGGCGUGUUAUUUUUUUUUUCUUUUUUUUUUUUCGCCUCCCACUUCUGCCUCUGUGGACUCCCGCUUUUGUCCCCUAGGCCGUUUUCAUCCACCUACCCUGACGCGACACAGCACAUAUAUCACCAUCGCGCCUCGUCGCUAACUACUCCACCUUGUCCUCUUUUUCCCAUCUCCCCUCCUCUCUAUCAUCUCUCUAUUGUCGCCGCCAUGGUGACCUUCGCCCUCCCCGGCGAAUAUGACGGCGCGGAUGUUGCCAACGGCACUCCCAAGUCACGUCCUCCUCUGCCCUUUGCGAAGCGCACUUACGUCGCGACGCCCUAUGCCAACAAGCGCCUGUCAACGUCUGCGGCUUCGUCGCGCAAGCUGCUGAUUACGCGCGAUGAGACGAUGAACCAGGACCCUGUGUCCUCGUCACGCAACAAUCUCUUCAGAGCAACAGCCGUCGAGAGCCCUCCGACAAGCACCACCUUCUCUUUCACCAAUCUCCCCCAGAGCACGAUGAAGAAGGUUUUUGCUCCUGGCGUGACGCCCAUGUCAAAUCGCGUGUAUCGCGAGAACACUGCUCGCGCGACGCCGCGCGGUUUGGCUGCUAACUCGUCAGACAAGGAGCUGUUCAACAUGCGAAUCUCAUCGCCUCCUCCAGAGCUGACUGGCGAGGUCCUGGCGAACAAGGUUCCAAAGGACUGGAAUUCUAAGGGAUCCAUCUACGCCGAUCAGUUCUUGGCUCAUCUCUGCCCUCCCAACCUCGACGACGAGCAGCGUCGCCAGUUCUUCUGCAUUCUCGAUCUACGUCGACUGAAAUAUGCCGCCAACGAGAUCUUCACCAAGAAGAGCUGGAAGCUCAACAUCAUGAACUUUGCCAAGGAGUUCGAAAAGAGUCGGUCUAUCAUCCUGCUCCGAUAUGGACUUUACGAGUUCCAGAGCGUCAAGCCAUCAAAGGAAGUUCUCAAGAGAUGGCGACGAGAGCAUGGCUUGCCCGAUCCCGUGGAAGAGGCAGACGAGGAGGCUGCCGAGGCUCUGGACGGGACGCCAAGCAAGCCAGCGACUGCAAAGAAGCGCAAGGCUGAUGACAACUUGUCAAAGGAGACUGUUGAUGCUACUGAGAAUGUGGCCUCGGCGGUUAAGCGAAGGGCUACCGUCAGAGAUGAAGAAGACGAGCCUACGGCCGCUACCCCAGCUCCUAUGAAGAACAAGAGAAAAGCCACCAUCACCGAAGAGUCACCCGCCAAGCUGCAAAAGACGCCUUCUUCUUCGGCCAAGUCGCUCUUUGAGAAGAUUGCCAACAAGCCGGCUGCAAGCCCUGUCCCCGUCAAGGCAGCUGAGAAGAAUGCCGCCAACGGCAGACUCUCUCGCUCAGUUUUUACUAGCCUGAAGCCCCCGGCCAACGGCGUCAGCAACGGCAACAUCUUUGGCUACCUUUCCGAUGCCAGCUCUGCCAAGAACAGCGGAAUCGAGGCUGAUGCUGAGAGCGAAAGCGAGUCUGACAAUGACGAAGAAGUCGAAGAAAGCCAGGAAGCCGGUCAGAGCGACGAACCUAGCGGUGCUAGUGACGCUUCGCCUCAAGUUGGAUCCAACCUUGCCCAAUCGGGAUCUAGAGACAGCAACAGUGGCAGCUUCAACUUCAACUUUGGAUCUGGAGCAGCAGCACCCGCGUCCACGGGCGGCUUCAACAACCCUUUCUCUGGCAACACUGGGGGAGCCCCGGCUCCGGCAUCAGCUCCUGCGCCCGUGUUCUCCUUUGGUUCUUCCGCUCAGCCAGGAGGAGGAUCUGGUAGCUCUGGAAGCUCUGGAAUGUUCCAGUUUGGCAACGGCACCGGAAGUCAGCCCUCUCAAGCAUCAACGCCUUUGUUUGGCGGCGCCUCGGCCACGACUCCCAGCGUGCCGUCUUUCACUGCCACGGGGCCUUCAAGUCAACCGCCGACUUCCAUGUUCUCCUUUGGAGCAAGCAGCCAGCCUUCCUCCGGGUUCAACCUCGCGCCGCCAGCCGGUGGAUCCUCGACCACCGGGACAACUGGCGGGACGCCGGAACCUUCGGCCCAACUGAAGACGAACACCAGCGCUGCUGAAAACAACGACGAGGAGGGCGAGAAGCAUGAGCAGAUCAGCCUGACAGAAGGCGUUGAGACGGAUGAAGAAGUCCUACACGAGGUUCGCGCAAAGGUGCUGAAGUUUGUCCCUGCCGGGGAAGCGUCAGAGAGUGAGGAGAAGAAGUCCAAGAGUCCCUGGGCUACCAAGGGUGUUGGGUCCCUGCGCCUGUUGAAGCACAAGGAAACCAACAAUGUACGUCUGCUCUUGCGAGCAGAGCCCAGAGGCAACGUCGCGAUGAACCGCUCUGUACUGCCAGAUUUAUCGUACAAGGCGGAUGAAAAGUAUGUGAAAAUGACUACGUCGAAUGACACGGGUGACGGCCUCGAGACCUGGAUGAUCCAGGUGAAGACAAAAGACAUGGCCAAGGCGUUGGCUGAAUCGUUGGAGACGCACAAGGCGUUAAAUAAGAAAUAA